GCCAGACGGUCUUCGCAGAGUCGCCGCGGUUUCCUGCUUCAACAGUGCUUGAACGGAACCCGGCGCUCGGCCACCUUUCUCUAGCCGGCCAUUCGCAGCCAGCUUUCCACCACCUCCUCACAGCAGCGCCCUCGGACGCCCCACGGCCUCCGCCGCUCCAGCGCCUCGCAGUCGCCGCCGCCGCCUCUCCUCGACCGCCGCCAUGACGACCGCGUGCACCUCGCAGGUGCGCCAGAACUACCAUCAGGACUUGGAGGCCGCCGUCAACCGCCAGAUCAACCUGGAGCUCUACGCCUCCUACGUCUACCUGUCCAUGUCUUACUACUUUGACCGCGAUGAUGUGGCUCUGAAGAACUUUGCCAAAUAUUUUCUUCACCAAUCUCAUGAGGAGAGGGAACAUGCUGAGAAACUGAUGAAGCUGCAGAACCAACGAGGUGGCCGAAUCUUCCUUCAGGAUAUCAAGAAACCAGACUAUGACGAUUGGGACAGCGGGGUGAAUGCAAUGGAGUGUGCGUUAAACUUGGAAAAAAGUGUGAAUCAGUCACUACUGGAACUGCACAAACUGGCCACGGAUAAGAACGACCCCCAUUUGUGUGACUUCAUUGAGACUCAUUACCUACAUGAGCAGGUGAAAUCCAUCAAAGAAUUGGGUGACUACAUAACCAAUUUGUACAAGAUGGGAGCCCCGCAAUCUGGCCUGGCAGAGUAUCUCUUUGACAAGCACACCUGGGAGACAGUGCUGGAGAGAGCUAAGCUUUAGCCCGGCUCCCCCACAGCUUCAGGGGUGACUUCCACGGUCACCAAGACAGCACAUGCAUGUUGGGUUUACCUUUACCUUUUCUAUAAAUUGUACCAAAACAUCCCCUGAAGUUCUUUUGUUUGUACCAUUCCUUCAAAUAAAGUGAUUUGGUACCCA